UAAUAGAGCUGUGAAGUUUCGCUACCGCUGUACACUGUCCACCUCCUCAGUGCUUAUUGCUGCUCAGCUAAAUGGCUCGUUUUAAAACCAUGUUGGGACACAAUAAAGAAAAGUUCGGUUUCUGAACCUGACGGCACCGGAGUUUGACGUUUUUAAUUUUCCCUCUAACCCUUCCCCUGGGCCCUGAUGUGGCCGUGCAGAGGUUCAGAACAGCGGACAAGCUGAGGAAUAAGAGUUCUGGCACAGCGACCUGCAACUACGCACACAAGAAAGACUGAAGUGUCCAGAUUUCACUGCAACUGAUAACCAAACUGUUACCAUGUCGACCUCAUCGCUAAGACGACAAGUGAAGAACAUCGUUCACAAUUACUCUGAAGCAGAGAUAAAGGUCAGGGAAGCGACCUCCAAUGACCCUUGGGGUCCGUCCAGCUCUCUGAUGUCAGAGAUUGCAGACCUGACCUAUAAUGUAGUGGCCUUCUCAGAGAUCAUGAGUAUGGUGUGGAAGAGACUCAAUGACCAUGGGAAGAACUGGAGACAUGUUUAUAAGGCUAUGACCCUUAUGGAGUAUCUGAUAAAGACAGGUUCAGAAAGAGUGGCACAGCAGUGCAGGGAAAACAUUUACGCUGUCCAGACUCUUAAAGACUUUCAGUACAUAGACAGAGAUGGCAAGGACCAGGGGGUCAACGUACGCGAGAAAGCCAAGCAGCUGGUGACGCUCCUGAAAGAUGAGGAAAGGCUACGGGAGGAGAGGAUCCAUGCGCUCAAGACCAAAGAAAAGAUGGCACAGACUUCAAGUGCAUCUUCGGCUCCCUCGGCUCCUACUUUAGGACUGCAGUCGGGCUCGGAGGCGGAACAGGCCUGGCCACAGAGCUCAGGGGAGGAGGAUCUGCAGCUGCAGCUGGCAUUGGCUAUGAGCAAGGAGGAGGCGGAGCAGACUAGUGCUGACCCACUGGAAGAUGCAGAGCUGCGCUUCGUCCUUACGCUCAGCGUGGAAGCUCAACAAGAGGAAGAGCGACUGCGCCGGGGAGAUGACCUGAGGCUGCAGAUGGCCAUUGAGGAGAGCAAGAAAGAAAAGACUAAACCAGAGGAGUCCUCUCUAAUGGAACUAAGUGCAGCAGACCCAUGGGGAGCUUCAGCAGCUCCACAUGCUUCGAGCUCCUCUGGUCCCUCUCCUCCUCGGUCUGUCACGCCUGCCUCAGCUGCAGGACCAUGGGGCCACACUGACCCCUGGGGAGCAGCAUCCCCUGCCUCUCCACCAAGCUCUGAUCCCUGGGGUAGUGGUCCACCCACGAUAACUCCCCCUCCAGACCCAUGGGGAGAGUCAUCCAAAGUGAAUUCUGACCCUUGGGCAUCCACAGCUGUGACCCCUCCUAGUACAGACCCCUGGGCCUCGUCAGUGGCUGCAGCCCCAGCUCCACUCUCGGGGUCAUCUGACCCCUGGGCUGGAGAAGGGGUUGCCCCUGCCAGUGACGCCCCAUCAUCUGACCCCUGGAGCAGCACUAAACACAAUGGCACAGGUGAUCCAGACAGGAGAGGCUCCACAGUAACAGGCAGUGAUGGGGGCGGUGGAGGAAGCACAGGCUCUCCGGUACCAUUCGACCUCUCAUCGCUCAGCUCCUCCCUUCCCGUUAGAAAAACACCAGAGUCGUUCCUGGGACCCAACGCAGCACUCGUGGAUCUGGACUCUCUAGUAUCAUCAAAACCCAAGACCAGACAGACCCCACCCACUAUGGCAUCGUCUCACAACCCUUUUCUUCAGGCACAAAGUCCGUCUCCUGUACCAGGCAUGGCUGUCACUCCAGGCAGCACCAUUUCCAGCCGGGGCGUGUCACCAACACCGCCUUCAUCUUCGAACCCGUUUGGCGUUACCCCAAUGGCCUCCAUUUCUCCCCAGCCUUCCUCGCUGGGUCUAAGCCAACUGCGUACCAGUCCUGUCCCUCCCAACCCUAUGCUGGGCCCUAUGCCAGGCCUGGGAAUGGUCCAGCCAGGAAUGAGCAUGCCAGGAAUGGGGGUCCCAAUGGCAGCUCCCAGCAUGGGUAUGGGAAUGCCUUUCAGUGGAAUUUCUCCAAUGGGGCCUGCAGGAAACUCCAUGCUGAUGGGUUCAGGAGGAGUGGCUCAGCCUGCGCUCGUUUUGGGCGGGCCAUCGGGAAUAGGUGGAGCUAUGGGUGCUGGGGGAUCGAUGGCAGGGGGCGGGGCUGCAGGUGCUAGCACCAAUCCAUUUCUUCUCUGAGAGAAUACACUGCUCAGGUCUCUGACCUUCGCACUCGAUCCACUUGCCAUGUCAACACAGUUUUCGUGCAAUUUGAAGAGAUUUUGUGCACUAUAUUUAAAGAAGAAAAAAUGACAUGACGACGCAUUUCAGAUCCCAUUUCUCCUCCCCCACCCAUUUUAUUUUGCUUUACAGAAUAAAUGAGAAGUAGUGGCACAGGGAACGAUUCAUUUUCAUUUUAGCUUAAUAUCUUUUUUUGUUUUGCAGGGCUGAUGUAGGCUUGUAUGAAUGAUAAGGGCCAUUCAGUGAAUCCAGGUGUUUAUUAUUAAUGAUUUUACUGAAAUGAAAUGCUAGGUAAAUACAGACUAAAAGUGAAGGACAGAAAGCUGGUGAGGCAAAUUAGCCACUAACUCACUUCCUCAGAAGCGAUAUAAAUGACAACCUGAGUGUGCAUGAAGGAACGCUUAAACUCCUAUUUUAUGGACUAAGGGCGGCUCACCUCACUGCAUUUUAGCCACAACCGAUGAAUAUUUCAGCAGGUUUAUUACUUUUAAUUUAAUGUGUAAUUUUGUUUUCUAAUUUAUUAUAUUUUUCCUGAUUCUUGAGAACAAAUCAACCAAGGAGUGUCACAUUGAAAUGCAGCCUCUUCUGGAUGGGCUGUCUGCUUUAGCAUUCUGUACCCUGUGACAUUGUACUGCAGACUGUAACGACAGUUCUUACACUUUUUAAGUUGCUUCAGGAAGUCGGAUUGGUGUUCUUUUUUAGACAUUGUGUCCAGUCGUUCCACGUACCCUAACGCUGUGCUUACUACACACACCUCAUCUGUCAGGGAUUUCUAUCUGCAUUAUAGUGACACUUUACAGUGCUUGUUCAUGAAGGCGUCUGCAUUUAGUAUUAAUUUCCUAAGUUUUAAUGUGACCUGGUGCAUCGGGUUAAACAUUUCACUACUACCCAACUUUUUUCUGAUCUUUUUGGAAAGGAAAAUGAUUGGGGUCACUUUCCUCUAUUGUGACAUGAAUCAUGUGUUUGACAAAUUUAAAAUGAUACAAAUUGGGGACUGAAUAAAAAUUCAUGCUGUUA